CCAAGCUGUGUGUCUAUGAAGAGUCACGAAUCCAUGAACCACCCCCAUAAUCUCAGUGAUGGAGAUGUGACCUCUGACCCUGCCACUGCAUCUAAAAUGAGUUUCAUUGAGGAGAGAGAGAAGGAGUGUGAACCAAGCUGUGUGUCUAUGAAGAGUCACAGAUCCAUGGGCCACCCCCCUAAUCUCAGUGAUGGAGACGUGACUUUUGACCCUGUUAGGACAAGACAGACUUCAGACCUGCAGACAAACACACUGCUGGAAGAGACUGCAGACCUGCAGAGAGUCAAAGAUCAACACAAAACCAUCAUGAAGAACAAGUAUGAGAGUUUAUUUGAGGGAAUCAAACUACAAGAUAAUCAAACCCUCUUGAACAGGAUUUACACACAACUGUACAUCAUAGAGGGAGAAAGAGAAGGAGUGAAUGAAGAACAUGAAGUUUUACACAUGGAGAAAAAACCCACAACACAACACUCACAAGACACUCAAAUCUACUGCAAUGACAUCUUUAAACCUCUACAAGAACCAGGAUAUAAAACAGAGAAAAGAAGGAGGAUGGAUAACAUCAAGAGCGUUCUUACUAAAGGCAUCGCUGGAAUUGGUAAAACCGUCUCUGUACAGAAGUUCAUUCUGGAUUGGGCCGAGGGAACAGCCAAUCAGGAUGUAGAUUUCAUGUUCGUGCUUCCUUUUCGAGAACUGAACUUGAUUCAAGAUGAUCAGUACAGUCUUCACAAACUUCUGCUUGACUUUCAUCCUGAACUUCAAGAUCUGGACUCAAAGAUGUAUGAUGAGUGUAAAGUUGUGUUCAUAUUUGAUGGUCUGGAUGAAAGCAGAAUAACACUGAUGUUUGAAGACAUUGAGAAAGUUUGUGAUGUAACUCAGACUUCAUCAGUGCCUGUGUUGAUGUCAAACCUCAUCAAAGGAGAUCUGCUUCCCUCUGCUCACAUCUGGAUCACCUCCAGACCAGCAGCGGCCAAUCAGAUCCCUUCUGAAUACAUCAACCGUGUGACAGAAAUCCAGGGAUUCAAUGAUCCUCAGAAAGAGGAAUAUUUUAGGAAGAGAAUCAGUGAUGAAGAUCAAGCCAGCAGAAUCAUCUCACACAUUAGAAGAGCGAGAAGUCUCCACAUCAUGUGUCAUAUACCAGUCUUCUGCUGGAUCUCAUCCACUGUGCUUCAGAAGAUCCUGAUACAAAAUCACACAGCAGAAAUCCCUCAAACCCUGACUGAAAUGUACAUCCACUUCCUGCUAAUUCAGAUGAAUAUGAAGAAUGAGAAGUAUGAUGAGAGAGAUCCAGAGAAACUCCUGCAGUCCAACAGAGAAGUGAUUGUGAAACUGUCUGAACUGGCUUUCAUACAGCUGAUGAAGGGUAAUGUGAUGUUUUAUGAGGAGGACCUGAGAGAUUGUGGGAUAGACAUCACUGAUGCCUCUGUGUAUUCUGGGAUCUGUACUGAGAUCUUUAAAGAGGAAUCUGUGAUUCAUCAGAGGAAAAUCUUCUGCUUCAUACAUCUCAGCUUGCAGGAGUUUCUUGCUGCGUUCUUUGUGUUUUGCAUACAAACCAAAAAUGUGAAACCAAUUUACAAAGGAAGACGGUGGUACACUACAAGAAACUCUCUAUUUCAGCUACUUAAGUCACAAGUUGACACAUCUCUGCGAGUGAUAAAUGGACAUCUGGAUCUUUUCCUGCGAUUCCUGCUGGGCAUCUCACUGGACUCCAAUCAGAGACUCUUACAGGAUCUACUGACACACACAGAGGACAGCACAGAGGCCAUUAAGAAAACCACAAAGUAUAUUAAAAUCAAAAUCAAAAUCAAGCUUCCUCUCCCAACUGAUAGGUCCUUCAAUCUGUUCCUCUGUCUGUUGGAAAUGAAUGAUCAGACUCUGUACAGACAGAUUCAGGAGUUUGUGAAAUCAAAUAAACAUUCACAGAAGAAACUUUCACCUGCUCAUUGUUCAGUAAUAGCCUACAUGCUUCAUGAGGAGGUGCUGGAUGAGUUUGAUCUCAGUAAAUUCAACACUUCAGAUGAGGGAAGAAGGAGACUGAUACCAGCUGUGAUGAACUGCAGAAAAGCUCUAUUUGUUGGCUGUAAUCUCUCUGAUGAAUGUUAUAAAAGUUUGGCUUCAGUUCUUCAAUCAUCAAACUCUCUGAGAGAUCUGGACCUGAGUAACAAUGACCUACAGGAUUCAGUAGUGAAGCUGAUCACUGAUGGACUGAAGAGUUCACAUUGUCAACUCAACAUACUGAGACUUGUUGGCUGUAAUCUCUCUGAUGAAUGUUAUAAAAGUUUGGCUUCAGUUCUUCAAUCAACAAACUCUCUGAGAGAACUGGACCUGAGUAACAAUGACCUACAGGAUUCAGUAGUGAAGCUGAUCUCUGAUGGACUGAAGAGUUCAAACUGUCAACUCAAUAUACUGAGACUUGUUGGCUGUAAUCUCACUGAUGGAUGUUGUGAAAGUUUGGCUUCAGUUCUUCAGUCUUCAAACUCUCUGAGAGAUCUGGACCUGAGUAACAAUGACCUACAGGAUUCAGGAGUGAAGCUGAUCUGUGAGGGACUGAAGAGUUCACGUUGUCAACUCAACAUACUGGGAUUAUCAGGUUGUAUGGUGACAGAUGAAGGUUGUUGUUAUCUGGCUUCAGCUCUGAGUUCAAACCCAUCACAUCUGAGAGAGUUGGACCUGAGCUACAAUCACCCUGGACCUUCAGGAGUUCAGAUGCUCACUGAUAAACUCAAUGAUCCAAACUCAACACUCAACAAACUCAAUGUUGAUCAUGGAGGAAAGUUCAGGAUUAUAAAAGGACCACAAAAAUAUGUCUGUGAUCUCACAUUGGACUCAAGAACAGUAAACAAUCAUCUCAUACUGUCUGAGGAGAACAAAAGGGUGACACAUGUGAAAGAGAAGCAGGAAUAUCCUGAUAAUGAAGAGAGAUUUGAUCACUAUCCUCAGGUUUUGUGUAAAGAGAGUCUGACUGGACGCUGUUACUGGGAGGUUAAAUUCACUGAAAACGUUGAUGUAUCAGUGUCAUAUAAAGGAAUCAAGAGGAAGGGAAUGGGGAUGGAGUGUUGGUUUGGAUACAAUGAAAAAUCCUGGAAACUGCACUGUAAUAAUAACACAUUUGCUGCCAGUCUCAACAUGAUCUGUGCCAUAUCUGCUGUUUCACCUGACUUUAACAAAGUAGGAGUUUAUCUGGACUGGUCAGCUGGUCUUCUGUCCUUCUACAGCAUCUCUAAUACACACAAACUCACACACUUACACACAUAUCGUACAAAAUUCACUGAACCUCUCUAUGCUGGAUUUGGGGUUUAUUCACUUAAUCUGUUGUCUCUGUGUCCAACUGACUGA